UUAAAAAUCAAACUAUCUUCUUCUUUUUCUUCUUCUUCUUCUUCUUUCUUAGUUAUUUACUUGACCAACACUCAAUCACAUUCUUUCCUCAGAUUCUUCGGUAUUUAAGGUCCAUGGCUCUCAUGAUUUCUUCAACUCUCCCUUUUCCCCUUCUUCUGUCUCCCAAACGCCAUCAGUUUCCCCUUCUACCUUUUCCUCUUAAACCCCUAAUUACCAAAUCCAACCCUAAUCCUUCCUCCAAGAUGGUGGUCCGAGCCCAGAGCUUUGAGACCCUUGCAUCCGGUGCUGUCAAUCUCCUCCAAUCCAAUCCCGCCACUUGGCACUCUGCCCUACUCAGCAACCUCCUCAUUUUCCUCCUGGGUUCCCCCAUUCUCGUCUCCGGUUUGUCUCCUUCUGGCAUUGCUUCUGCUUUCUUGCUUGGUACUCUCACAUGGCGUGCUUUUGGGCCCUCUGGUUUCCUUCUUGUUGCUACCUACUUCGUUAUUGGAACGGCUGCAACAAAGGUCAAGAUGGCCCAAAAGGAGGCACAGGGCGUAGCUGAAAAGAGAAAGGGGAGAAGAGGACCUGGUAGUGUUAUAGGAUCCAGUGCUGCUGGUUGUGUUUGUGCUGUGCUCAUGAUUAAUAAAGUUGGGGGAGAAGCAUUUGCUCAACUUUGGCGACUUGGUUUUGUUGCCAGUUUCUGUACUAAAUUGAGUGAUACUGUCUCGAGCGAAAUAGGGAAGGCAUAUGGUCGGAUAACGUACCUGGUGACAAAUUUUAAGGUUGUUCCUCGGGGAACAGAAGGGGCUGUCAGUCUCGAGGGAACCUUUGCUGGACUCUUAGCAGCAAUCGCUCUUGCAUUUGUUGGCUGUCUUUUGGGUGAUGUAACUGCAUCUGAAGCUAUUGUAUGCGUUAUAGCUUCACAGAUAGCUAAUCUUGGUGAAAGCAUCAUCGGUGCAGUACUUCAAGAGAAGGAAGGAUUUCAGUGGCUCAAUAAUGAUGUUGUUAAUGUCAUCAACAUAUCCAUGGGCAGCAUUUUAGCUGUCCUGAUGCAGCAACUUAUACUUGGUCACUGACACAUUCAUAAACGGAUGGAAUUGUCUCACCUUCAAGGGUUCAGUUGAUGAGCUCUUAUAUUUAUUCCUUGCAUUGACAGAGAAAGUAAAUGAAAACUGCAACAGAUGGAUGAGAACACCAAUCUUCCUACCCUCGGAAUCAUCACGAGAAAUUGCUUCGACUCAAUUUUUUCUUUAAGAAUGGCCACUGGGAUAUUGCAGCAGUGGGCGAAGUGCAGUUAUAGGGCAAUUUGUUGCUUUUAAGAUGGGGACUGUAGAUUCUCAAAUAAAUUUUAACCUCUAAAAUUACUUUGUAGCUAGUUAUAUCCAUGUUUUCUAUAGAUAUAAUAACAAAAUACUUAUUAAAUCUAUUUAUGUUCAUUAAAA